AUGUGGAAGAGAUCUGAGCAGAUGAAAAUACAAUCGGGAAAAUGCAACAUGGCAGCAGCAAUGGAAACAGAACAGCUGGGUGUUGAGAUCUUUGAAACUGCAGAGUGUGAGGAGAAUAUUGAAUCGGGGGAUCAGCCUAAAUUGGAGCCGUUUUAUGUGGAGCGGUAUUCCUGGAGUCAGCUUAAAAAGCUGCUGGCUGAUACCAGAAAAUAUCAUGGCUACAUGAUGGCUAAGGCACCACAUGAUUUUAUGUUUGUAAAGAGGAAUGAUCCAGAUGGGCCUCAUUCAGACAGGAUCUAUUACCUUGCUAUGUCUGGUGAGAACAGAGAAAAUACACUGUUUUAUUCUGAAAUUCCCAAAAACAUCAACAAAGCUGCAAUCUUAAUGCUCUCUUGGAAGCCUCUUUUGGAUCUUUUUCAGGCAACACUGGACUAUGGAAUGUAUUCUCGAGAAGAAGAACUAUUAAGAGAAAGAAAACGCAUUGGAACAGUUGGAAUUGCUUCUUAUGAUUAUCACCAAGGAAGUGGAACAUUUCUCUUUCAAGCCGGUAGUGGAAUAUAUCACGUAAAAGAUGGAGGGCCACAAGGAUUUACUCAACAACCCUUACGGCCUAAUUUAGUGGAGACUAGUUGUCCCAACAUUAGGAUGGAUCCAAAAUUAUGCCCAGCUGAUCCAGACUGGAUUGCAUUUAUACAUAGCAAUGAUAUUUGGAUAUCCAACAUUGUAACCAGAGAAGAAAGGAGGCUAACCUUUGUGCACAAUGAGCUAGCCAACAUGGAAGAGGAUCCCAGAUCAGCUGGAGUCGCUACCUUUGUUCUUCAAGAAGAAUUUGAUAGAUAUUCUGGCUAUUGGUGGUGUCCAGAAGCUGAAACAACUCCCAGUGGCAGCAAAAUUCUUAGAAUUUUGUAUGAAGAAAAUGAUGAAUCUGAGGUGGAAAUUAUUCAUGUUACAUCCCCUAUGUUGGAAACAAGAAGGGCAGAUUCAUUUCGUUAUCCUAAAACAGGCACAGCAAAUCCAAAAGUCACUUUUAAGAUGUCAGAAAUAAUGAUUGAUACUGAAGGAAGGAUUAUAGAUGUCAUAGAUAAGGAACUAAUUCAGCCUUUUGAGAUUCUGUUUGAAGGAGUUGAAUAUAUUGCCAGAGCUGGAUGGACUCCAGAGGGAAAAUAUGCUUGGUCCAUCCUGCUAGAUCGCUCCCAGACUCGCCUACAGAUAGUGUUGAUCUCGCCUGAAUUAUUUAUCCCAGUUGAAGAUGACGCCAUGGAAAGGCAGAGACUCAUUGAGUCAGUGCCUGACUCUGUGACGCCACUGAUUAUCUACGAAGAAACAACAGACAUCUGGAUAAAUAUCCAUGACAUCUUUCAUGUUUUUCCCCAAAGUCAUGAAGAUGAAAUUGAAUUUAUUUUUGCCUCUGAAUGCAAAACAGGUUUUCGUCAUUUAUAUAAAAUUACAUCCAUUUUAAAGGAGAGCAAAUAUAAACGAUCCAGUGGUGGGCUACCUGCCCCAAGUGAUUUCAAGUGUCCUAUCAAAGAGGAAAUAGCAAUUACCAGUGGUGAAUGGGAAGUUCUUGGCCGGCAUGGAUCUAAUAUCCAGGUUGAUGAAGUUAGAAAGCUGGUCUAUUUUGAAGGCACCAAAGAUUCUCCUUUAGAACAUCACCUGUACGUGGUCAGUUAUGUAAAUCCUGGAGAAGUUACAAGGCUGACCGACCGUGGCUAUUCCCACUCUUGCUGCAUCAGCCGGAAUUGUGACUUCUUUAUAAGUAAGUACAGUAACCAGAAGAAUCCACACUCUGUGUCCCUUUACAAGCUGUCAAGUCCUGAAGAUGACCCAACUUGCAAAACAAAGGAAUUUUGGGCCACCAUUUUGGAUUCAGCAGGUCCUCUUCCUGACUAUACCCCUCCAGAAAUUUUCUCUUUUGAAAGUACUACUGGAUUUACAUUGUAUGGAAUGCUUUACAAACCUCAUGAUUUACAACCUGGAAAGAAAUACCCCACUGUGCUGUUUAUAUAUGGUGGUCCUCAGGUGCAGUUGGUGAAUAAUCGGUUUAAAGGAGUCAAGUAUUUCCGUCUGAAUACUCUAGCCUCCCUGGGUUAUGUGGUUGUUGUGAUAGACAACAGGGGAUCCUGUCACCGAGGGCUUAAAUUUGAAGGCGCCUUUAAAUAUAAAAUGGGACAAAUAGAAAUUGAUGACCAGGUGGAAGGACUCCAGUAUCUAGCUUCUCGAUACGAUUUCAUUGAUUUAGAUCGUGUUGGCAUCCAUGGCUGGUCCUAUGGAGGAUACCUCUCCCUGAUGGCAUUAAUCCAGAGAUCAGAUAUCUUCAGGGUUGCUAUUGCUGGAGCCCCGGUCACUCUGUGGAUCUUCUAUGAUACAGGCUACACAGAACGUUACAUGGGUCACCCUGACCAGAAUGAACAGGGCUAUUACUUAGGAUCUGUGGCCAUGCAAGCAGAAAAGUUUCCCUCUGAACCAAAUCGUUUACUUCUCUUACAUGGAUUCUUGGAUGAGAAUGUCCAUUUUGCACACACCAGUAUAUUAUUGAGUUUUUUAGUGAGGGCUGGAAAACCAUAUGAUUUACAGAUCUAUCCUCAGGAAAGACACAGCAUAAGAGUUCCUGAAUCUGGAGAACAUUAUGAACUGCAUCUUUUGCACUACCUUCAAGAAAACCUUGGAUCACGCAUUGCUGCUCUGAAAGUGAUAUAA